GCAGAUAUGAAACAAUUAUAAAUAUGCGGUACAAAAAUUUGUUUCAAAGUCCAAAGAGUUACACUGAAAAUCAUCCAUUCGUUUAUAAUUCAAGAAUCGAAGAAAAAAAUUUCAAUUCGAAGAAAUGAAGGGAAAUAAAAUUUACUCUUUGAUGGUAAAAUUAGUAAUUGCAUCGUUGUUUGUUUACAUUGAUGCUGACGUGCAAGAAAUUGUUCAAUUGAUAAAAAAUGGAAUGGACAACGCGACAAAUCCAUGCGAUAAUUAUUAUCAACAUAUUUGUGGUUUAUGGAAUUUCCAAAAUCGAAAAAUAGAUUUCUUUCAAAGUGCUCGGGAAAAAAUGGAUCCGAUAGCAAAAGAUAUUUUGCAACAACCAGAGAGUGAUACCGACAGCAUUAAAUUGUCAAUGGAGAAAAAAUGGUACAAAGUCUGCGUGCGUCAAAAUAUUUCAAGUGCAAAUGGCUUUCAACGAUUAAAAGAAAUUUACGAAAGUAGUCUAAGAUUGCAAAAAUGGACAGAAAUUUCUUUACAUUAUACACAAAUUUUUGGUCAGAGUAUUUUUUUCGACAUUGAACUUAAUGAGGAACAUAUGAUUAAAGUUGUCAAACCUAGCAAACUUUCCCGAAUGCUCACAACUGUGUCAGACGAAAUGUUUAAUAAAUUUGUCCAUGAAAAAAUUCAAUUCUUGGACAUGUAUUUUACACCGGAGGAAACGUAUUUAGAGAAUGAUUUAAUAUUUUUGUUAUACAAUUAUAGACAAGAAGUAAGUAAAAUGUUACAUAUAACUAGUAUCACAACAAUUAGAAAGAUUCAAAAAAAGUUCAAUGAUUUAGAAGUUUUUACACCAAUGGCUAAUAUUAAUUGGCUUAAUUAUUUCAAAGCUAUGGGAAUCAAUCUAAAUAGUGAUGAUCGAAUGGAAAUUGAAUUUAAUCCAGUAUUUUUAGAUGCAAUAAUUUCUAUUAUUUUUUAUAACGAGCCUAGGAUUCAAGCAAAAUUUAUUCACUUUAUGUAUAUAAUGAAUGAUGACAUUAUAACGUAUUGGAACCAAUUUUUUCCUGCUCUUCCCAAUAACAUAUUAUCCACUAAAUGUUUAAAGGAAAUGCCUAUUAAAAUGGGUGUGGUAGAAGAAAUUAUACAAAAUCAUUUACAAGAAAAAGUUUCAUUUUUUAAACGAGUUUAUGAAAAUGUGUACGAAACAUUGGAAAGGAAAAUAAAAAAUAGUAAGCUACGAAAAGAUGAUAAAAUUUAUACUCUAGGGCAACUGAGAAAUAUAGAAUUUCAAUUGCCGGGAAUUUAUGCAAAUAGAAAAAAUUUAAUGGCAAACGAAAUAAGUUACGAGUUUGAGAUUUCUUCCUGCGGUUUGGAAAACUUGAUAAAUUUUAAUAAAGCUCAAUUGAAAUUUAAAGUAGAAAAAUAUAAGCAACAAUAUUACGGUACUCAAGUUUCUGCUACAUCACACGAAAUAAGAAAGAAACGAGAUUUACAUCUGAACUCAUCUGACAGUAAAAAGCAUAAUAAGCUCGAAAUUGUAGCCGAGCAUCUUCUCACAAACCUGUUCAGUAAUGAUGCACCGAUUUCUUGGAAUUAUGGACAUUUGGCUUUUUUUAUUGGUCAUGAAUUGUCCCACGUAUUUGAUAAUAUCCACAGUUCUGAUAAUGAUACAAUAAAUCCUUCAAUUUACAAUCACUUUAAAUGUUACGCUAAACAGGUCAACAAAUUUGGGCGAUUUCAAAUCAGAUCUACAAAUAACGAAGUUUUAAGGGCACAAAGACAAAUGAUGAAGGAAAUUGUUGCCGAUUCGGUUGGAUUAAAAAUUGCUUAUAAAGCAUUUAAAAAAUUGCUGAAAGACAAGGCAGAAAUAAAAAAUCAAAGAUUACCGUAUUUUAAUGAGUUAAAUGAAAAUAAACUAUUUUUCACCUCUUUUGCUACCCAAUUUUGUCAACAACCUUUGAGGGUUUAUAAAAGUUUAGAUACACAUCUACCAAAUGACAUAAGAGUGAUUAUGGCUGUAGAAAAUUUAAAAGAAUUUUCCACUAUAUUUAAUUGUGAUAAAGACAGUUUUACUAAAUCUUUAGAAAGAUGCGAUUUAUUGGAUUAAAACUAAGGUCUUGUCAACGUUUUUAAAAUGUGUGAAAAAUGAUAAAAUUUAUGUAUUGUUUUAAUGUUAUUACUAUUAUUAUUAUUAUUAAGAUUGAUAUCAAUUUUUUAAAUAUAAAUAUUUUGUAUAUGGUGGUGGAUGGAUAUUUAAAAAAUUG